AUGCACUUCAGUCUUGCUACGGUUCUUGCGCUUGGCGCCUCCAUCUUGGCAUCUCCGACUCCUCAAGCCAACCCUACCAACCCAGAGGACAUCGUCAUCCUUGACUUCUCUGCUCGUCAUCAAACCGACGGCUCAGUUGAUAGCGUUGGACUUCACAUCACUGGCCAUGAUGCCGAGAAUCUCUACUGUGGACAAACCGGAACGGUUGUCCUUGGCGAGAAGUAUGCUUGCGGUGACAGCAAGUACAGUUUCGCCCUAGUGAACGGCGUCUAUGACACAUGGGGGGUUCGCAUUUUUCACCAAUGGGGUGUAGCGUGA